UUGUACGUACCCAUUUUUGUGUUGUCUUGCUUUGUAGAAACGUUUCAUCUGAAAAAAGGGUUAUAGUUAGGGAAACUUGAAAACCAAAUUCAAACGAGUGGCAAAAAUAAUUCAAUUGAUUGAAUUGAAAUGAAAAUAUCAAACAUGAAAUUGGCAUUAUUAUCAUUGAUGUUAUAUAUCACCGUUGCAUCAGCAAUAAGAUUCUUAACAAAUCGAGAAUCUCCCCGUGGAAUUGGAUUCAAUGCUCCCAAUCGCGACGAUGUGAAAAUGGUUGCAAUCUUAUUGGGUGAUAAAGAGAAUGGAAAUGCAGUCUCCUGCGGUGGUGCUAUCCUUACAAAAAAAACCAUAUUGACAUCCGCAUAUUGUACAUUUAUUUGUAGAGAUAAAAAUUGUGAGGUUUUCGUUGGAGUGGUAGACGUUCAGAAUGCAGGAAGCUCAAAAAUUAAUGUUAUAGAAGUUAAAAGACAUAAUUCAAUGCAGAGUCGACCACGAGCCAGUGAUCCAAACCUUCCACCUAUUGUUGAUUUGGGUCUUGUUAUAGUGGAUAAAAUACUAGGAUCGCAAUACGUUACAUUUGCUAAACUGCCAGAAGAAGACUUCGGAAAUGGAGCACUAUUGAUGCCUGGAUUGGGAGAUAGAUUUGCAUACUUAGAAAAUUUGCUAGUUGGAUCAUCAAGAGGAGAAGCUUGUCGCGGAAAAGACGAGAUUGAGUACGUUUGCCCGAUUGUCAAAGAUAAGGGUUCUCCAUACCCUUGCAAAGAUUUCGGUUUUCCACUGAUCUCUCGCUCAAUUGUAGUUGGGAUAGCUUCAUUUCAUAGUAGAUGGUGCGAACCAGGUAUGCAACUUGUGAGAGUGAAAAUCUGAGAUUUAUUUUGAAUGUUGACCAUUCAACAGCAAUUUAAUGUGUUAUCUAAAAAUCUGUAGACAAACCUCAGACGAAUAUGUCCUAUAUACGAGUCUAUCCAUAUCUAAGUUGGAUCAAAAGCGGUAUUGUGGAAUAGGACUUUGGUAUUUGCUGCUGAUGACAUUAAACAGUGGCUUGUUUAGAAUUCACAGCCAAAAAUACAUGUUUCGAUAUCAAAUAAUACGAAUGAUUCCAUUUUUGAAGAAAAAAAUAAACAGUUGAAUUGUUCAAAAA